GGCUCAUCAGCAGAAACGACAGUAGCUGCAAAUGGUAGGAACGCGAAUUGGCAGGAGACUGUUGAACUGAGGCUUGAUCGUCUUCGAGAAACCAAAAAUGACUUCAGCAGUAUCGCUGAUUCACUUCGAAUUACUGUUUACGAUCGGCUGGUCAGCAAGUUAAAUGCUGAUGACCGGGAGCCGAACUCGGUGCAUGAGCAACUCGAAAGGCGCUACCUCGGAUCGAUUUUUAUACCAUUCACAACCAUUUAUUAUAAUGCUAAAAUUGAUGGACGCUUACGUCUCCAGACUCCGCUAAUUUUGACCUCCUACAGGAUUAGCGAUCAACCGGCGUAUGUAAAGCUGCUGAUAGCGUUUGAGCCAGCAGUUGGUCCACCGCGUAUUGAGGCACCAAAGUUUCUACGAGCAAUGAAACCACCGCAAAGUCUAGCAGCUGAUAAUCAAUCACCACAGCAAUUGGCACGCAUCGCUUGUCGAUUGGUUUCCUACAUUCCUUUUGUUACACAUACAGCUAUUUUUCCAGAAUUUAUCGACUUAUGGGCUACUGCUGACCAGGUUAGUCCACAGUCAGCAUUCGUUUUGGCAGUGAUUCCGGAAAGCACGCUCAUCCUGAAUCCCAGUGAUGGAAAUGCUUAUAGCGUGAAUGAUCCGUUAUGCCCCAUUAUUUCAAUAGGCACAGCUGUUUGUGUUGGUAAUCUCUACGCGAACAUUCAGCAACACGGACAUCCAAGUCAAAUGCAGUUCGAUUUCAGUGUAAGUUUUAAAAAAUAA